GGCGAUUGGGGGUGGGGUAAAUGGCCUCAUCCAUUGUGAGCGUGGAUCAAGAAUCAUAAUGAUUGGAGACGGGAUGGUCCAGCCUCCGAGCUCUUUCUGCUUAAUGAAUUUAUUGAGAUCCUUCCCACGUGUCAUCGCACAGAAACCAACGGGUUCUUCAAUCCGAGCAUCUCGCUGUUUAAGUUUGGGCCGAGUGCCACCCGCUGGCCAAUGCUUGAAGCCGAACACCGACGUCGGCCGAGUACCUAAGUACCUAGACCACCUAGACCCAGUGCCAAGAUCCUUGCCUGCCAUGCCUGCCGGAUGGAGAGCUUUUCCGACGAUCUACGGAUACGUCACUUCCAUUCCACGUGUAUCACGCCGGUCUUUCAUUGUUGCGCUAUCUAUUGCAGUAACCAACACCGGCUAUAGAGGUUCAAUGGAGGUGUAAGAACUAAAACCUAGAACUUGGAACUCGUUACCAUUGCCCUUUCCGGUCCCCACAGUUAUGCGGCCUCCAGCAAGUUUCCGUCCCGUCGGUACGACAUUCACCCCGACGGGCAGUUUCGUCUGCCGAAGCUGCCGACUCGGGCGACGGCCAUUCUCCAGUGCGACGACCGCGCCGCCCGGCCCGGCCAUUGCUGCGAGCCCGCCGCCCCCGCCCUCGUCCGGAAUUGCCCGCCUCUCCUCCCGCCGCCUGAUCUCCGUCUCCGGCCCGGACGCCGCCAAGUACCUCCAGGGCGUCAUCACCGCCAGCAUCACCGACCCGGCGGGCGAGGCGCGGCGGAGCGGCUUCUACGCGGCGUUCUUGAGCGCGCCGGGCCGCGUCCUGCACGACGUCUUCGUCUACCCCGACACGCUUGGGGUCGCUUCUUCUGGCGGCUCGGGCGACGCGAAGCUCGGCGAGAGCUUCCUGAUCGAGGUCGACGCCGACGAGGCCGAGAGGCUGCAGAAGCACAUCCGGCGGUACAAGCUCCGGGCCAAGUUCGCGGUGCGCCUGCUGGACCCGGGGGAGUGGUCUGUUUGGCAGGCCUGGGACGACGGCGACCCCUCCACCGGCGGCCUAGCGUCGAUGGCGGACGCAACGUCGCCCGCCGGACAACAGCAGCAGCAACAGCACGGAAUCAUCCUCCGCGACCCCCGCCUGCCGGCCCUCGGAUACCGCCUCCUCGCGGCGCGCGACGGCCCGCCGCCCCAGGUGGACCUGGCGCAGGCGCCCGAGUCGGCGUACCAGAUCCGGCGGUACCUGCACGGCGUGCCCGAGGGCCAGGACGAGGUCCUCCGCGAGCAGGCGCUCCCGCUCGAGGCCAACAUGGACGCGGCCGGGGCCAUCGACUUCCGCAAGGGCUGCUACGUCGGGCAGGAGCUGACGAUCCGGACCAAGCACCGCGGCGUCGUCCGCAAGCGGGUCCUGCCGUGCGUGCUGUACGCGCCCGAGCAGGCCAUGCCGGCCGAGCUGGCGUACCACCCGGGAAUCGAGCUGGCGUCGGAGCCCCGGCCGGCCGGGGCCGAGAACCUGCCGAGCGGGCUGAGCAUCGGGAGGGUCGGGAAGAAGGGGAGGAGCGCGGGCAAGUGGCUCAAGGGCGUGGGGAACGUCGGGCUGGCGCUGUGCCGGCUCGAGAUCAUGACGGAUGUGGUCCUGCCGGGGGAGACGGCCUCGGCGACAUAUAACCCCGAGGACGAGUUCGUCAUCCAGGAACGACUUGACGCCGACCAGGUUGGACAGGCCUUCAAGAUCAAGGCAUUUGUACCGUUGUGGCUGAGGCAAGGGUUGAACCAAACUCCUCAUCCGUGAGGCUUGCUGUAGAUUUUGUAACUCACUGUGCUAUAAUAAAACGAAAUUAGAAGUACAUAAAUCUAAAGACCGAGGCGAAGGAAACUGCA